GUUGUGAAAUGUUCGGGUGGUUCAUGUUUUGUCUUUUACAAUUUACUUGUUGAUUUCUUUUAACACAAACUUUAAUUAAGUGAAGCUCGAAAAACAUUUAGACAGUGAGAUAUGUCGUUAUAGUGCCGCGGGUUCGAUCUCAGUGAUCCUCGCCUCCACACAUUUUCGGCUGCUAAUUGAUCAGGACUCGGCAUGGAGGACGAGGUGACGUUCCUGUUCCAGAUGGGUCUGCUGCGGGACGCGGUGUCGGCGCCCGCGCACCGCCUCACACUCGCCUACCUCAAGGAGCUCGCCGUCAACUUCGUGCACGAUAAGAUCCCGGAGCACGGGCUGGCGCGGCUGGGGGACCGCAUCCUGCUGUUCCGGCACGACUACUGCUCGCCCAACGUGCUGCAGCUGCUCAACUCCGCCGCCGACGUCACCGACGAGACCAUUCUCGAGAUCGUGCUCACCGCCAACCCAUCGAUCUGCGACGGCGGCGUGGAGUCGUGCGCGGCGGCGUCGCGGCCGCACACACUGGCGGUGCACUCGUACAAGGCGCCCACGUUCUGCGACUUCUGCGGCGAGAUGCUGUUCGGCCUCGUCAGGCAGGGACUUAAGUGCGAGGGUUGCGGGUUAAACUAUCACAAGCGGUGCGCGGUGAAGGUGCCGUCGAACUGCGAGGCGCCGCCGGCGGCGGGCGGCGGUGCGGGCGGCGCGCGGCGGCAGUCGGGCGCGCCGCGCAGCCCCUCCCGCGCCUCCGACGACUCGCUGGUAAGGCGCCUCGCCGACCUCAGCAUCGGCGGCGCGUCGUCGGCGAGCGGGCGGCGCGGGGCGGCGGGCGCGGGGGGGGCGGGCGGCAUCCCGCACACGUUCCAGCUGCACACGUACACGCGGCCCACCGUGUGCCGCCACUGCAAGCGGCUGCUGCGCGGCCUGUUCCGCCAGGGCCUGCAGUGCGGCGACUGCGGCUACAACGCGCACCGCCGCUGCCUGCCCCACGUGCCCAAGGACUGCGGCGCCGACCUCAGAGACCCGCCAGCGGAGUUCCCGGACAGCUGCAGCACGGGCAGCGAGCUGUCGGAGCCGCGCGCCGGCGACGACGACUCCGACGACGCCGCCGACGCGACUGACACGCCCGACACGCCCGACACCAACAACACGCACGACGACAACCGCAGCAGCGAGGUGGAGCUACGGAAGCGGGAGGAGGAGGAUGACGAGCCCCAGAGAGACGUGCCCGACCACAACACCAGCCGACCCAGCAGCUCGUCGUCGUCGCCCAGCGCCAACAUCCCGCUCAUGCGCAUCGUGCAGUCCGUCAAGCACACCAAGCGCCGCGACGGCCAGUGGCUCAAGGAGGGCUGGCUCGUGCACUGCACCAACAAGGACAAGACCCUCAAGCGGCACUACUGGCGGCUGGACAGCAAGUCGGUGACGCUGUUCACGUCGGAGCAGGGCAGCAAGUACUACAGGGAGAUCCCGCUGGAGGAGAUCCUCGCCGUGGAGGCGGCGCGCCCCGACUCCGCCCACUGCUUCGAGCUGCGCACCGCCAACGUCGACUACCUCGUCGGCGCGGAGGGCGGCGCCGCCCUGCCCCCGCCCGACUCCGGCGUCGGCGCCUACCUCGCCCGCCCCUGGGAGACCGCCCUGCGCCACGCGCUCAUGCCGCAUACGCGCUCCGGCCAGGGCGCCUACACCGUGCCCGCCCCCGACGGCGCGGCGGGCGCGGGCGGCGCGGGGGGCGGGGCGGCCGGCGAUGCAGCGGGCGCGGGCGAGGCGGCGCGCGGUGCGGAGAUGGCGCAGCUGUACCGCAUCCACCCGGACGAGGUGCUCGGCUCGGGGCAGUUCGGCAUCGUGUACGGAGGCCUGCACCGCGCCACCGGCCGCCCCGUCGCCGUCAAGGUGAUCGACAAGCUGCGCUUCCCGACCAAGCAGGAGGCGCAGCUCAAGAACGAGGUGGGCAUCCUGCAGGCGCUGUCGCACCCGGGCGUCGUGACGCUGGAGCGCAUGUUCGAGACGCCGGAGCGCAUCUUCGUGGUGAUGGAGAAGCUGCGCGGCGACAUGCUGGAGAUGAUCCUGGCGGCGCCGCGCGCGCGCCUGCCCGAGCGCACCGCCAAGUUCCUGGUGGCGCAGGUGCUCGUGGCGCUCAAAUACCUGCACGAGAAGAACGUCGUGCACUGCGACCUCAAGCCCGAGAACGUGCUGCUGUCGUCCGCCGCCGACUUCCCGCAGGUGAAGCUCGCCGACUUCGGCUUCGCGCGCAUCAUCGGCGAGAAGUCGUUCCGGCGCUCCGUCGUGGGCACGCCCGCCUACCUCGCGCCCGAGGUGCUCCGCAACAAGGGGUACAACCGCUCGCUCGACAUGUGGUCGGUCGGCGUCAUCGUGUACGUGUCGCUGUCCGGCACGUUCCCCUUCAACGAGGACGAGGACAUCAACGAGCAGAUCCAAAACGCUGCCUUCAUGUACCCGCCGGUGCCGUGGGCGGAGAUCUCGGCGGAGGCGGUGGACCUCAUCAACAAUCUGCUGCAGGUGAAGCAGCGCAAGCGGCUGUCGGUGGACAAGUGCGCGGCGCACGCGUGGCUGCAGACGGCGCAGGCGUGGGCGGACCUGCGCGCGCUCGAGGCCCGCGUCGGCCGCCGCUACCUCACGCACCCCAGCGACGACGCGCGCUGGGAGCAGCGCUGA